GGUUUCGGCCGCCACGCCGCGCGCGUCCGUGGUUUGCUGCCCACGAAGGUGGACGGAAGGUGGCGAAACCGCACCCUCCGUCUUCUUCCCCUCCCCAACGCUCAGCGCCUCGCCCGGAGCUAUAUAUAGACGGGGCGCUCCCCUCUGGCUCCUCACGGAUUCGAUUUGGCUUGGAUUUGAUCGGUGUGAGGUGAUUAGUGCUGCUUGAUUUGGGAUUCCGUUCGGGAGUUUGGGGAACGAGGCAAUGGCGACGGCCGGGAAGGUGAUCAGGUGCAAAGCCGCGGUGGCAUGGGAGGCCGGGAAGCCGCUGUCGAUCGAGGAGGUGGAGGUGGCGCCGCCGCAGGCCAUGGAGGUGCGCGUCAAGAUCCUCUACACCUCGCUCUGCCACACCGACGUCUACUUCUGGGAGGCAAAGGGGCAGACUCCCGUGUUCCCUCGGAUCUUCGGUCAUGAGGCUGGAGGUAUCAUAGAGAGUGUUGGAGAGGGUGUGACUGACGUGGCCCCUGGUGACCAUGUCCUUCCUGUGUUCACUGGGGAGUGCAAGGAGUGCCCCCACUGCAAGUCGGCUGAGAGCAACAUGUGUGAUCUGCUCAGGAUCAACACUGACAGGGGUGUGAUGAUUGGCGAUGGCAAGUCACGGUUUUCAAUCAAUGGGAAGCCUAUCUACCACUUUGUUGGGACAUCCACCUUCAGUGAGUACACUGUCAUGCAUAUUGGUUGUGUUGCAAAGAUCAACCCUGAGGCUCCCCUUGAUAAAGUGUGUGUUCUUAGCUGCGGUAUUUCUACUGGUCUUGGUGCAACAAUUAAUGUUGCAAAACCGCCAAAGGGCUCAACAGUUGCUAUUUUCGGUCUAGGAGCUGUUGGUCUUGCUGCUGCAGAAGGUGCAAGGAUUGCUGGAGCGUCAAGGAUCAUUGGUGUUGACCUGAACCCCAGCAGAUUCGAAGAAGCUAAGAAAUUUGGUUGCACUGAAUUUGUGAACCCAAAAGACCACAGCAAACCAGUGCAGCAGGUACUUGCUGAUAUGACCAAUGGAGGAGUUGACCGCAGUGUGGAAUGCACUGGAAACAUCAACGCUAUGAUCCAAGCAUUUGAGUGUGUUCAUGAUGGCUGGGGUGUCGCUGUGCUGGUUGGUGUGCCACACAAGGAUGCUGAGUUCAAGACUCACCCGAUGAACUUCCUGAACGAGAGGACCCUGAAGGGAACCUUCUUCGGCAACUACAAGCCACGCACUGACCUGCCCAAUGUGGUGGAGCUGUACAUGAAGAAGGAGCUGGAGGUGGAGAAAUUCAUCACGCACAGCGUCCCCUUCUCGGAGAUCAACAAGGCCUUUGACCUGAUGGCGAAGGGGGAGGGCAUCCGCUGCAUCAUCCGCAUGCAGAACUAGAUUCAGUCGCCUUGUUUUAUCCGAUUCGGGUCGGGUCAAUAAACGAGGCAGUGCCGAGUGAGCCUACCACUGUCUGGUGGGGAGGAAGAUACACGCUUGUGUGUGUCACGUUCAGUUUGGCAUUGUCAAUCAGUAGAGUACCUCUAGCGUCUGUAAUUGUCUAUCGGUAUUGGCAUGAGUACACAAGUGAGUUUUGGGUCUUAUCAGGUUGUUCCGGUUCACUUGUUGUGAUGCUUUGGUUGUGUACUUGUGUGUGCUGCUAUUUGCGUGCAAA